CCCAAACCAAAAUUCCCUGUUUUGUUGCAGCAAAGAAGCCCAAAUCACUCUCUACCGCUCCCCUCUCAACAUAUUUUCGCCGCCCCACGACUUCUCUCCACCCCUACUGGCUACUACUAACUCCAACCCUCUCUACCUCCGCACUUCCAAUCUUCGUCUAGCUUGCGCUUGCUACACAUAUAUUGGUCGCUAUUAGUUAUCUAUACAUAUAAGCAUCCCUUCUGUUGGUGCUGGACUUGGUAUUGAACAGUUGGAGAUGCAAUUGCAAGCUGUUCUGUGAUUGUGAAAUGGCUGGGAAAUCUAAUAAAGGGAGGAACCGGAGAGGUUCAAGUGGCUCUGCCAGUAAUUAUGCGGAACCAGCGGUCUCGUCUGAUGCUUCUGCAAAGGAUAAUGUAAGUGCUUCAGAACCCACCAGCGUUGUUGCUAAUGGGGUAGCAGGUGGGGAGGAAUCAGUUAAUUGCGUACCAGGUGGGGAAGAAUCAGCUAUUGCAAAGCCUGAAGUGGAAGAGUCGGAAACAACAAAUUUGACCAGCCAACCAAAGCAAGGUGAUCUUAAUCUUUAUCCUGUUCCUGUUAAAACACAGAUCGGGGAGAAACUUGAGCUACAAUUAAACCCAGGAGAUUCAGUAAUGGAUGUGAGACAGUUCCUUCUUGAUGCUCCUGAAACAUGUUUUAUCACAUGCUAUGAUUUAUUCCUGCACACUAAGGAUGGUUCAACUCAUCAUCUAGAAGAUUACAAUGAAGUUUCUGAAGUAGCUGAUAUCACAACUGGGGGUUGUUCCUUGGAGAUGGUAGCAGUACUUUAUGAUGAUAGAUCUAUCCGGGCUCAUGUUCAUCGCACAAGAGAAUUGCUCUCGCUUUCCACAGUUCAUGCCUCACUAUCGACAUCACUUGCAUUGCAGUAUGAGACGUUGCUAAAUAAAAGUCCAACUUCAGAUGCCGUUAGAACAGAGGUCCCAGAGCUUGAUGGCCUGGGCUUCAUGGAAGAUGUUUCUGGUUCACUUGGUAAAUUGCUAUCAUCUUCUUCAAAAGAUAUCAAUUCUGCGGAGAGUAUUGUAUUUUCAUCCUUCAAUCCUCCUCCAAGCUAUCGAAGGCUUGUUGGGGAUUUGAUAUAUCUGGAUGUGGUAACAUUGGAGGGCAACAAAUAUUGUAUCACAGGAUCAACAGAAUUAUUUUAUGUCAAUUCAAGCACAGGGAAUGUCCUUGACCCAAGGCCUAGUAAAGCUACACAUGAGGCAACCACAUUGAUAGGGCUCUUGCAAAAGAUCAGCCCUAAGUUCAAAAAAGCUUUCCGUGAAAUUCUGGAGAAGAAAGGCUCUGCCCAUCCUUUUGAAAAUGUUCAAUCUCUGUUACCACCAAACUCAUGGCUGGGACUGUAUCCACUUCCUGGUAAAUAUCAUAAACGUGACACAGCCAGAGCGGAGAAUGCACUGAAUCUUUCAUAUGGUAGUGAGCUGAUUGGUAUGCAAAGAGAUUGGAAUGAGGAAUUGCAAGCUUGUCGGGAUUUUCCUCACACAACUCCUCAAGAAAGGAUUUUGAGGGAUAGGGCUCUCUACAAGGUCACUUCCGACUUUGUUGAUGCAGCAAUAGGUGGUGCUAUUGGAGUCAUCAGCAGAUGCAUACCCCCAAUAAAUCCAACAGAUCCAGAGUGUUUUCACAUGUAUGUUCAGAACAAUAUAUUCUUCAGUUUUGCUGUGGAUGGGGACCUUGAGCAGCUACCCAAGAGACAUGCAUCAGACAUUAAUUCAAAGACCGAGAGCUGUUGUUCAUCUUUUAAGUCAUCUGAAAAGGGUUCCAAGAAUUUGUUUCAAGGUAACAAUGAAAUUCCCAAUGGGGAAAAAUGUGACAAAUCAACUGGAGUGGAAUGUGUGGAGGAGGUGUCUCCUCAAUCUUCUGCCGAGACACCAGUGAUGGAGAGUGAGCAGGCGACGUAUGCUUCUGCAAACAAUGAUCUAAAAGGCACGAAAGCAUUCCAGGAAGCUGAUGUAGCUGGAAUUUAUAAUCUUGCCAUGGCCAUAAUUGAUUACAGGGGUCAUAGAGUGGUAGCUCAGAGUGUUCUACCUGGUAUCCUUCAAGGUGACAAGUCAGACUCCCUUCUUUAUGGUUCUGUUGACAAUGGCAAGAAAAUAUGUUGGAAUGAAGACUUUCAUUCGAAGGUACUAGAGGCUGCAAAAAGCCUUCAUUUGAAGGAGCACACAGUCCUUGAUGGAUCUGGGAGUGUUCACAAAUUAGCUGCACCAGUGGAAUCCAAAGGUAUUGUUGGAAGUGAUGACAGGCAUUAUCUUCUGGAUCUGAUGAGAGUGACUCCUCGGGAUGCUAACUAUACUGGGCCUGGCUUUCGUUGUUGUAUCUUAAGACCAGAGCUAGUCACUGCGUUUUGCCAGGCUGAAGCUGAGAAGAUAUCAAAACGCACAUCUGAAGCAGAGGGAGCAUCUGUUGUGGCCUCUGAUUCUUCAAAAGUUGCUGGUGUUGAUGAAGAGGUAGAAGCUGAGGUUAUUGGAGCUACGUCUGACAACAAUGGUCAGAAGGUAAUCGAAGAAGGGAAGAGUGAGGCAGUUGAAGAAUCUACUUCUGAUCAUGUUGGAAGUCUUGAAUCAUGCAAACAAAUAAGUUUUAACCCUAAUGUUUUCACCGAGUUUAAGUUGGCUGACAGUCAAGAGGAGAUAGCUGCAGAUGAAGAGAAUGUGAGGAGAGCUAGUACACAUCUGGCAAGUGUUGUGCUUCCAAAGUUUAUACAAGAUCUUUGCACGCUUGAAGUUUCACCUAUGGAUGGUCAAACAUUAACCGAUGCUCUCCAUGCUCAUGGAAUUAAUGUCCGCUACAUCGCAAAAGUAGCUGAAGGGACCAAGCACUUUCCUCAUCUAUGGGAUCUUUGUUCUAAUGAGAUUGUUGUUAGGUCGGCGAAGCACUUCCUUAAGGAUGUUCUAAGGGAUACGGAGGAUCAUGAUCUUGGGCCUGCGAUCUCUCAUUUUUUCAACUGUUUAUUUGGACAUUGUCAAGCUGGUUCGAUAAACUGUAUCCAGCCAAGAUCCCAAAAGAAAGACCAACCAGGCCAUCAAUCUUCAGGCAAGUCUUCCAGGGGACACACAAGGGGGAAAACAGGUGCAGCUGUGAGGAAGAAUCUAUCUUCAUACGUGAAUGUUAGCUCAGAAUCUCUCUGGUCUGACAUUAAAGAAUUCGCAAAAGCGAAAUAUCAGUUUGAUUUGCCAGAGGAUGCUAAAUCACGGGUGAAGAAAGUUUCAGUGAUACGCAACCUUUGCCAGAAGAUGGGCAUAAGCAUUGCGGCGCACAAAUAUGAUCUUAACGCUCCAACACCUUUCCAAACGUCGGAUAUCUUGAAUCUUCAACCUGUGGUGAAGCAUUCUAUUCCAGUAUGCUCAGAAGCUAAGGAUCUUGUGGAAACGGGAAAAGUCCAAUUGGCUGAGGGUAUGCUUAGCGAGGCCUACACAUUAUUUUCCGAGGCAUUUUCAAUACUUCAACAGGUGACGGGGCCUAUGCAUAGAGAGGUUGCUAAUUGCUGUCGGUAUCUCGCCAUGGUUUUGUAUCACGCAGGAGACAUGGCUGGGGCGAUAAUGCAACAGCACAAGGAACUGAUUAUAAAUGAGCGAUGCUUGGGAUUGGACCAUCCUGAUACUGCUCACAGCUACGGGAAUAUGGCUCUAUUCUAUCAUGGACUAAACCAAACAGAACUUGCACUACGGCAUAUGUCUCGCGCAUUGCUCUUACUAAGUUUAUCGUCAGGUCCAGAUCACCCAGAUAUAGCUGCAACUUUCAUAAAUGUUGCAAUGAUGUAUCAGGAUAUUAGUAAGAUGGACACAGCUCUUCGUUAUCUGCAAGAGGCUUUGAAAAAGAACGAGAGGCUUCUCGGUGAAGAGCACAUUCAAACUGCUGUGUGCUAUCAUGCUCUUGCCAUUUCCUUCAACUGCAUGGGUGCCUUCAAGCUCUCUCACCAGCAUGAAAAGAAGACGUACGAUAUACUUGUCAAGCAGCUUGGUGAGGAGGAUUCGAGGACGAGGGAUUCACAGAACUGGAUGAAGACAUUUAAGAUGCGCGAACUUCAGAUGAAUGCACAGAAGCAGAAAGGUCAGGUUUUGAAUGCAGCUUCUGCUCAGAAGGCUAUUGAUAUCUUAAAGGCCCAUCCUGACCUGAUACAUGCAUUCCAAGCCGCUGCUGGAGGAUCUGCUAGUUCCAGUGCUUCUGUCAACAAAUCUCGUAAUGCGGCAAUAAUUGGUGACAACCUUCCAAGAGCCAAGGGAGUUGAUGAAAGGGCAGCUCGUGCAGUAGCAGAAGUUAGGAAGAAAGCAGCAGCAAGGGGCCUCUUGAUUCGUCCUCACGGUGUACCUGUUCAAGCUUUGCCUCCACUUACUCAGCUUCUUAACAUCAUCAACUCAGGGAUGGUCCCUGAUGCAGUUGAGAAAGAGGAAACAAAUGUGUUACAGAAGGAAGGCACUAACGAGUCAAAUGGCUCUGCUGACACCAAAAAUGAUCAAUCAACAACAGGGCAACAAGAUCAGUCCCCUGUUGGAUUAGGUAAAGGCCUGGCUUCUCUGGAACCUAAAAAACAAAAGGCUAAACCUACGGCUUCAUCAUGAAAGUUGAGUGUGAGAUAUAAUUUAUUUGGCAACACCACCUGGAUUUUUUUUGCUGUAUGAGUUGAUAUAUGACAAACCGUCUAUAUCUUUUUUUUUUCUUUUGCCAAACAUUAUUGCUUAUGAAUUAUACUUUGACAAGUGCACAUGGCCAAGGAAUGUAUGUACAUACAGAUUAAUGCUCGUCAUUGAGUUCUAGGGUGAUGCGAUUUCUCAUUAUUUAAUGAAACGUCAAUUAUGUUUAUUAUUGGAAA